GCUUUUGUUUUGAAAGGGCUGCCGGAAGUGACGCGUUUGUUUCUUGGCGUGAAAUUCCUUAAGAUGGGAGUUGUGCGUCUUUUGUUUGACGACGCAAAAGCCGUCGAAAGCUCGUCGCAAGGCCGCCAAAAGAAGCUAACAAGAGUCGUCAUCGCUUGAAGCCCGAGCAAAGUGUGGUGGUUGUUUGUUUGUUUGUUUGAAUAAAUACAGUUGUUUUGCGUGGGAAAGUUGCAGUUGUUAAGUAUGUGGCAAACCAAAGCACGACGGCGGGGGACCGAGUGGUAAGUAAGUCGGUCAACCAGUUGCUCCUCAACUGGACGACGCCAGCUCACUUUUGGGAGGCGCGAAUGUCAAAAGACGACUGAAAACCAUUUGGAGCUCACAACUAAAAACUUUCCAAAAACACAAACGAACUUUCUCCAUGUAACUAGUCGUCCUGUUGGCUUUGAGCUGGCAGCAUGGCGACCGAGUGACUUUGUGGUGUGCCUCACAACUCGCAGGUUCAGGCUGUUGGCUGUUGGCAUGUUGGCCUGCUGCGCCUUGCACGUGCCCAAAACACGCUAGUUAGCAUGUUAGCUUCACUCCAGAUUUCAAAUUGUCCUAAGGGGAAAUUUGAGAACGUGAGUGGGAACGCUUGUUUGCGUUGUUUGUCAGCUGACCCUCAUGAGGAUAAACGCCAACGAUUCUCGUCCUCGGGGCCCCCUGGGCGUCGCGUGGGGGUCUUACAUUUCAUGUUGUUCUUUUGAAGCGCCAACUUCCAAACGGGGACAAACAUAGCAAACCAAUGACGAUGAUUUUUGUUUUUUUUUGCUUGUUUUUAUUUAUUUAUUUUUCCUCCCCAUAACGAAAGGCAAAUUGCAGUAACACAGGCCCUUUUUCCCUGAUAAAAAAAAAAUAAAAAAAUACUGUAUCCCUAUUUUGGGGGAGAAGUAAAUGGUUUUUUCCUCCAGAGUCGUCUUAUUAUUUUAGAGCAGGAAAGAUGUAGUUUUCAAGAAUACAAUUCUAUUUUUUUGAGCCCCCCCCAAAUUUGAGAAUCCUUGCUUUAGAAAAGCAAUCUGUUGUUGGCGAGACAUGCGGGUGCCCUUGAGCAAGGCUCAAAAUGCAUGCGCCGCUUUGUGUGUCAUGUUUUGCGGUGAAGAAAAGAUGCGGCGGCGCUGACGAGAUGGAGGGCGGCGACAAGGAGCGACGCGGGCAGCGGGGACGUGACGAGGACAGGGACCGGGAGGAGCCGGCGCCGUCCCGGCCGGAGGGCUGCGAUCGCUACGAGCCGGGCCUUCCCAUCAUGCACUGGGAGGCGCUGAGCCUUCGCAUCGCCGAGCUGGAGAAGCAAGAGGAGGAGAAGAAGGAUAAACUGGCGAAGAGCGCGUCGGCGUCUCUGGAGCGCGGGCGAGCCCCCGUCGGCUGCGCGGGCGAGCGAGCGGACGGGAGGCGCGAUAGUCGGGAGGACGGACGCCGACGCCACCGCUACCGGCGGGACCGCGAGGACCGGCGCGACCGCGACGACGACGGACACGUGUCGGCCCUCGGCUCGCGGAUGCAGACACAGAUGAACCUUCAGCUCUGCUUCAUCAACAACAGCGAGAGUGACGACGAAGAGCAAGAAGAUGACGAAGAGGAGGAAGAGCGAGACGACGCCGCCGCCGCCGCCGCCCGGAGGGUAGGCGUGGUCACGGGUCACGAGACGCCCGCGCCGGCGGACAAGUCUGAGAAAAACAAGUCGAGAGGCUUCCGGAACACUUGGAGGAAACUACGUGAGCGCCUGCGGGCGGCGAAUCCCACCGGCUCGCACCCGCCGGUCCACGCCGGACGAUUGGAGCGCAGCGACGUGCGCGAGUUGAGCCCGGGCGAGCUCCGAGCUCGACGUUCCUUCCUCACGCAGACCGUGCAAGAGCUCAGCUCGGAUCUGGUGGCCGGGCUGCAGGUCCGGGACCGGCUGAGGACGGAGCAGGACGCCAUGUUGCUGGAGCUUCAGGACCUCACCUCGCUCGGCAUUGCGAUCGGGACGACCUGACGAGUACGCCCGUCCUCGGACAGAACGACGAACGGGACUGACUUUUGCAAUUUCAACACGUUUGUGUCUUUCACACCUGAAGAGGGAAUUUUCAACAAGCUUUUUAUAUUCACAAGUACGACCACGUUUGUCUUAAUAACGCGGUGGAUGUCUUCCACCCGGAGACAUUAGCCUAGCGUGAGCGCUAAGGCAACGAUGACAAAUGUGAGCGAGCGUCAACGUGGUCCGCUUGUUCAAAUCCGUUUACGUGUACUCGACUCUUUUGUCGUCUUCUCCGAACAAAACCUUUGCACCUUUCGAAUCCAGUCGGAAUGUGUUUCACUGAAAGCAAAGGUCAACUGACUGGCGAGCCGUCCGGCUCGGAUCGCGUCCCGCGUCCCGCUCCCCCGCGAGCCUCUGAAAACGGGUUAGUUAGUUGCUCGGUUCGGGUUAUUGGGUUGCUUUUAUUUGACUUUCGGUGAGACGGAAACUUUCCGAUGCGUGAGGGACUCGGGCGGUGUCGAAGUCGUUCGAGUUCAAGGGUCACAUUGGCCCCAAUACGAGCUUAAGCGGGCCGGACCCGAACAUUCGGGCCUUAAGAAGCUACGAAUAACAACAAUUACAAAUUGUGUCCAUUGUUUUGCUGCAAGUCAUUACAAGUACAUUUAUCGAUUA